AUUAUCUGGAUUUGCUUUCGAGAUGCUCAUGGCAAAGCUAGACUACAUGCAGUCAAGUGUUCGGGAACUAAAGAGCGAAUGGGCCAAGCAGCGGGAAGAGGCUGCGCAAUGCCAAAAUAACAGCGAUAAAAGCCUGGUCGACAUUAAGAGGGCCGUGCAGAACAAUUUAGAUUCGAUGCGUCAAUUGGAGGAUAAUGUUGGACGCAACUUUACUCUCCUACAGGACCGAUCAUGGCAGAUCUUUGCGCUACAAGCUACGCAUACUGCAAUGAAGACCAAUCUUCGUUCAUAUGUACCCUAUCGCUCGUGCAGUGACAUUCGGAAUGCACAGUCUGGGGUAUAUAUUAUCCAGGCGACCGAUGAAAGCAACCCUUUUAUGGCGUACUGUCACCGGGAUAUGAAGGGUGGAGGCAUCUGGUUGGUGAUACAGCACCGAUUCGAUGGAUCGCUAAACUUCUAUCGCAACUGGACCGAGUAUCGGAAUGGUUUUGGUGACAUUGAGCAAGAGUUCUGGAUCGGACUGGAACAACUAUAUCAGCUGACAUCGGGGCGACCCCAUGAACUGAUGGUUGAGCUGAGAGACUUUAAGGGGAAUUAUAAAUUUGCACUCUUCGCAGCAUUCGAGAUCGGCAAUGAAACCGAACAAUACAAUCUGAAAACCCUUGGAGCGUACAACGGAACUGCAGGCGAUUGUCUGUCAUACCACAAGAAUAUGAAAUUCACUACGUACGAUCGUGAUAAUGACGAAUAUAGUCCCCGAAAUUGUGCUGCAUUUCAUGAAGGUGCCUGGUGGUACAAACGCUGCUCGUACUCCAAUUUGAACGGGCCAUACAAGAACAUAGUAGAUCAUAAAUCGAUGAGCUGGUACGACUACAGCGAUUCCUAUGAAGGACUGAGCUUUUCAAGAAUGAUGAUCCGACCAAAAUGA